ACGUGUACAUUUACCCCAUGUUCCAAGUAAAAUGUGGCUCAAUUUGUUUAACUAGUUAGAAUACUUCGAAUUUGUAGACAAAUUUUUAUGUUUGUGAGUUAUAUAAUCGGUGUUUCUGCGAAUUAUUCAUUGUGUGGGUGGUCAAUAUGAGUGUGGGGUAAAUCGGGUUCUUUUAGUGGAAAAUAUGGCUGAUUAUGUUGACGUAUCAUCUUCUUGAUAUUUAUGGCAAUUGUUGAGGAUAAUUGACCAGCACACGUUGCGAUGUCGGGUGGCGCCGAAGAGCCUCCUGGACUGUCUGAGGACACUGCAUCCGAUGCAAUCGGUGCAUCCAAUCUCCAGGAACAGGAUAAAUCGGAACUCGUCAGUUACAAAGACAUUAUGAUGAAGAAUAAAGUUGAUUUGAAGAAGAAAGAGGAGGAAGUCCAGGAGUACGUCAACAAAUUAUCAAAAAUAAAAUCUCGAACGAAAUUAUCACGACGCAGCACAGACCCUUCUACGUCCCUCGAGUCUUCAAAACUCGAUUCAUCCCUCCCGAAGCUAGAAGAUGAAGACGAGGUCAACGACAUCAGCGAGGCGAAGACCCCAAAGGCAAAGUCUCACCUGCUCCAGAAGAAACUAGCCGAGAAUCGAAAAAUAUUCGAGCAACGAAGUAAGGAGAUAACCGAGUCUAAUCGAGCGGUGGAAGAAAAAGUCGAGGAGAUAAGAAAACAGAUAAACGAGACUGAGUUGCAAAAGGACAUUUACAUCCCCGUCUCCAUCACUCCCAUCUCCCUCUUGCCUCAGCCUUCCGGAAAGGAUCCUCAUCAACUUCAAGAGAAAGACAACAAAAUAGAAGAACUAAACAUGAAAAUCCACGAGUUAGAAGCAAUAAUAAUCGACCUGCAGGAUAAUCUCAAGGAGAAAGAUUCUGUCAUUGAUUCGAAGAUGAAAGCAGUGACUUUAAUGUCUGAAGAUCUCUCGAAAAAAGGUAAAACUACAUUGGAUACUUUAGAAGAAACUAAGGACGAGAUGAGAACGAUGCAGCAGAAUUUCGUGCUGAUGGAGACAUCUUUUAAGGACAAACACGAACACUUGUUGGAGCAAUUGAAGGAGAAGUCUAAUCGAGUCAUUGAGCUUGAAGAAACGUUGGAUAAGAUGGAAAACGAGAGGAAGAUGGCGAUUGAUCGGACUGAUCAGUGUCCCUCGUCAGACGAAAUGGUGGGGGAGAUGAAGAGAGAAAUGACAGCGAUGCAGGAAAAUUUUAUUCUCAUCGAGACGGGUCUGAAGGAUAAAGUGAAUAACUUAAUCCUUCAGCUUGGCGAACGUGAUAUGAGACUGGCAGAAGUCGACGGCUCUUCGUCGAAUGAACGAACGAAUGAUAGUAUAGACGAGAUCAAUAGAUUAGAAGAGAGCAAUCGAGUGCUUCGGGAGGAGAACGAGAAGUUAACAAAAACUGUUGAGAAUGUGAAAAUUCAGAACGAGCUGAACCAGGAGAAGGAUAAUAGGAUUACGGAGUUGGAGGGAAUUGUUGAGGAACUUAGGAAGACUCCUGACGAGAGUGAGGCUGUGCAGAAGCUGAAGAAGGAGCUGGAGGAGUUGAAUAAGAAUAUGAUUAAGCUGAAAGCACAGCAUAAGAGCAAGCUCAGGAAUCUUAACAAGCGACUAGAAAACUUUAAAAUGGUCUCUGAUGCUAAUGCUGAAUUGGUAAAGCUUGGAAAUCAAGUUGCACUUUUGGAGGAGGAGAAAGGUAACCUACAGCUGAGUCUAGUAGACUUUGACGAACUUAAAGCGUGGUCAGUUGAAUUGCAGACUCGUAUCGGUGAACUAGAGAGCAAAGUUGAGGCUCAAACUGGUGUUAUUCAGGCACAUGUUGAUGCUAUUGCUACCUUGGAGAAUCAGAAACUGGAUCUUAUGCAAGAGCUUCACAACGUAAAACAAGAAAUUUCUGCCCUCGAAGCCGAGAACGCAGACUGUGAGAACCUUCGAGUAACCGCUGAGCUCAAAGUUGUUGAGUUGGAAGACCAACUAGAGUCACUAAACCGCGCCAAACCCCAGAGCACCUCCACUACCUCCCUUCACAACGAUGAAUCCAACGAUAAUAAACAACCAGCUGUCGACUCUUUCGAGUCCAUCGAAGAGAACCGAAACGAACUUCUGAAACAAGUUGACUUACUAACUCAGCAAAACCAAAACCUGGAGAUGCAGCUGCGAGAGUUCAGACAGAGGGAUCCAGCAGUCGAGAAGAAAUCCUCGGACACAGACUCCACCGAGUCUUUCGAGAGAAUUUCAGAUAACAACGAUGGAUCCACCAAGAUGGAUGCUCUGAUUAUUUCAGAGGAGAAACUAUCAGAACCCCAAGAACACCUAACAGAUCUUCACCAGAAAAUGGAACAUCUCGUUCAAGAGAAUAACGAUUUGGUGAUAGAAUUAACAAAACUCCAGGAAAAAGUGAGCCAUCAAACCGAAGAUUAUAAAACAAGAUUGACAACCCUCGAACUCCAAAAUUCAAAAUUGAAGCAGAAUCUGACGAAUCUCUGCAACGAGACAGCUUUGAUGUCUCUGGCAACAGAGAUCUCAAAUUGUAAGCAAGCAACCGAGCAACAACUACAACUCAUAGAGAACUUGGAGAUGACUCUUCUCCAAAGUAAUCAACAACUAUCCGAAAAACGGGAAGAAAUAACAGAGUGUCAGCAAUUGAUCAAGAACCUAUCAUCAAUUCAAUCCAAAUUCACUGAAAUGGAGGAGAAAAUCGAACACUUGAACAUUGAGAAGUCCUCGAUUGCUGAGAAAUUCCAAUUGUCAUCAAUCGAAAUUUCAGAAUUAUCCCAGAAGUCGAAAGAACUGGAAAACACGAGCAUCGAGAAGAUUAACAAUCUACAGUCUCAAUUAUCUGACCAAAGCUCUGAGAUACUUUCUCUAAAAGAAGUCAUCACCACCAACGAAAAAAUCCUGGAAGAAGUAAAACACGAAAACAAUGAAUUGAAAAUCACAAUUGAUUCCCUGCAAAAAGAAAAAUCGUGGAUGGAAGAUGAAAACACCCAUUUAAAUAAUCAAUUACAGCUCAAAGAAGAUUCCAUAUCUGCUCUCGAGGGAGAGUUUAAAACAACAGUCUCCAUCAUCGAAGACAGGCUGAAAGAUAAAGAAGUGAUGCUAAUGUCUUCAGAAAGUCAAAUUCCAAUAUUACAGAAUGAAUUAGAAGAGAAAGACAAGAGUAUCGAAGAGUUUGAGAAGAAAAUAGAAUGGUUGGAGGCACUGUUGCAGGCCAAGGAGGUGACACUUGCAGAAGAAAAGGAGAGGAUGACUGCUGAAUUCGACAGCAACGUGACAUCUUUGGAGAAAGUGCUAGAGAAUAAAACGUCUCUUGUUGCUUCUUUACAAACAGAAAUUCAAUCGUUAUUGGAAACACUGAAGAACAACGAAGUAACGAUAAUUACGCUGCAGGGUGAGAUAAAUUCUCUGCAUUCUGCCUUAGCAGAGAGAGAAAUUUCUGCAGUUUCUCUUGCUGAAGAGACCAAUGCCUGUCAAGAGUCUCUCAUGGAGAAAGAGAGUCUUUACCAGUCAUGCUCAUCGACAUUAGCUUCAGAUAAAUCAGAAUCAGAAGUUGCAAAUAUUGAGAUCCAGCAGAAAUUGAUAGAUCUUCAAUCCCAAGUGGAGAAUUCCAAUUCAAUUAUCAAAAAAUUAAAAGAGGAAAUUGAGAAUAUUACGAGCGCUAAGAUUGGCUUGGAACAGGAGGCUGAGCAAAUACGAUUAGGCAAAUCAUCACUUGAGAUAUCUACCACAGCAUUGUCUUAUGAAUUAGAAUUAUUGAAGAUUGAAGUGAACAUGAAACAUCAGGAGAAUGAUCAACUCAAAGUGAUGAUUGACGAAUUGAAAACUCGAUCAGAUUCGAUGGAUAAAGAAUUGAAGGAGAAGUAUAAUGAAUUGGAGCAUAACAAAGCCGAAAUUAAUGAUAAAGAAUCAAUUAUUAUAAAUAUGAGAGAAGAAGUCACUAGAUUAAAUGAAGUCAUCGCGGAAAAGGAGAAUAGUUGUACAGCUCUUGAAGCGGAAAUAAUGGGAUUGCAGCAGCAAUUGAGAGAAAAAGCGACCUUUACAGAUAAAAUUGAAGAGUUGACUCAAAUAAUAACAGAAAAGGAAGAAACGAUCAACAGAUUAGAGUCUGUCGUCACUGAGCUUAAUGAGAAACUCUGUGAAACGAGCACUAGAGUUAAUGAAUUCGGACAAACAUUACGCGAGAAAGAAUCAAUCCUCUUAACUUUACUAGAAGAAAAAGAAAGUUUAAUCCAACAAAUUGCGGCUGAAACUUCAGCUAAAGAGGAAGCAUUAGCAUCAAUUGCAUCCCUAAAUCGUCAGCUAGAGAAUCAAACGUCAUACAUCGAGGAAAUAAGAGCUGAACUGAGUGAUGCUUACAGAAUGAUGGAACAAUUGAAGCUGAAACAUAUGGAGGACAUCGGAAUGCAGAAUCAAAGGCUAGAAGAAAUAAUCCUUGAAUUGAAUGACAAAACGAGUCAAUGUAGUCAAUUGACUUCUAUUCUAGAAGAGAAAGAAAGAAUCAUUGGGGAAAACGUGACACUGGAGAUUAAGACAUCCUUAGAACAACGAAUUAUUCAGUUGGAAAAAGAAUUAGAAGAUGUCAAUGCAACCAGUCAAGCGCAAUUGCAGAAAAUGAAAGUGAUUGCUGCAAAUCUUAAGAAGAAAACAGCCCAGUGUCAAGAGCUGGAAGCGAAGGCUCACGAUUUCGAAGAGAAAUGGACGAAUGAAAAAUCAGAGAAGGAAGAAAUCAAUAUUAGACUCCAGCAGGUGCAAUCGGACGUGGAAAUGAAGAUAAAUAAAAUGAAAGAAUUGGAACAACAGUUGAUUGAUUCCUACGAGGGUACGACGAAUGCAUCUGAAACGAUUCAGAGAUUAUCGGACGAAUUGAACACAGCUAAUGACACAAUAUCCAGUCUUCACGAUCGUGUGAAAGUUCUACAAUUGGAAACAGAAAGACUGUCAGCUGAAAUCGAUGAAAAAUCUAAAUCAAUCGAGAGUGAAAAGCUGAUGAGAGAUUCUAUAACUGCAGAGUUCGAAUCUUACAAACAGAUCACUGAAUCGGAUUUGAAUUCUUCUAACGAGAAAAUUAUGCUUUUGAAUGAACAAAUUAUGGAGAAAAAGGAAGAAUUCAAAAACUUGGAAGAAACCAAUACGUUAAAUCAACGGAUGACAUCGGAGACUAUUGAACUAUUGAAAACACAAUUGAGUCAAUUAGAAGAGACGUUGAACUCCAUGAAAGAUCAAAUUGAAUUUUUAGCUGCAGAAGUCGAGAAUAAAUCUUCAGAAAUAUCUUCCAAAGAUCAACAAAUUGGAGUAUUAACCCUCGAAAUUGACGAUAAAAACAAUCAGAUCUCAUCCCUGACCAUCGACAUUGACCAGAAGAUCCAAGAGAUCGAUUCCUUAACAUCAGAAAUUGAAUCUGAAAAAUUAUCUAAAGACUCAAUCACCUCCGAACUCGAAGCUCUCAAGACCCUGAAGACAACCCUGGAGCAAGAACUAGAAGAAGCCAAAGAGAAAGCUCGUGAACUAGGAGUUAGAAUGCAAGUGAUGGAGACUGAAUACGUCGACCAAUUGAACACUAUCCAAACCCUGAGAACAGAAAAUGGAAUGUUGUCUUCCAAGCACGCACAAACGCACGAGCGCCUGGAGAACACAGAGGCAGAAUCCACCGAACGACUGCGAGUCAUUGAAUCCUUGAAAAAUGAGAUAAUCGAGCUGAAAAAUGCCCAGCCAUCCUCUCACCCCCCGGACUCCUGCGACCACUGCGAGAGAUGCCAGGGACUGGUGAAUGCAUUGGAAGGAAAACUACAAGAGCGAAAUGCUGAGAUUCAGAACCUAGACAACGAAUUGGCGAAUUCCAUCGCAAAUUUCUUACAAAUGCGAGAGAAUCUGAGGACUCAAGAAAUGCAGUGUAACGAAGAGUCUCAGGAAGCUAGAAAAUCAUUGGCUCAAUUCAAUAACUUAUUAGCGAGAAAUUCAGAUAAUGAAUUGAGAAUUCAGCAAUUGCACGAGCAGAUAAUUAAUUUGAACGAUAGAAAUUGUGCUCUCGAUGAAGAACUGAUAAAAACUCGAGAAAUUGCAGCUUUGGCCCAACACUUCGAGCAACUCCACCUGAAUUUAUCCCAGAUUCAUCAAGAAAAGGAGAAAGAACUCGAAGAAUUGAAUGCAAAAUUCCAAGAAUUGCAGAUUGAGAAGGAUGAUUUAUCCGAGAAACUCGACAAUUUGAAGUUGGAGAGGACAACAGUUGAGAAGCUGGAGAAUAUAGUUCCUGAGAGGAUUGAGCAAGUCCCUCCAGCCCCUAAAUUAUUCGACGCUGCCAAACUCUUCACUGCCCCAGCUCCUUGGGACGUAGACAGCUCCAUUGAAGACACUUCAUCCCUCAAAAAAAGACUUGAAGACAUCGAGAUCGAGAAAAGUCAAUUGUCCUCUCAACUUAAUCAAUUGACCACCGAAAUCUCUUCAUAUCAGCUAGAAAUUAGACAACUCAGAGAGAAGAAUGAAGAAUUAGCGCAGUUAUCUUCCGAAGCAGAAGGAAUAAAAUCGAUUGUGAGAGAUUUCGAGCAACAGGUUCAACUUCUGAGUGAGGAGAACAAUCAGCUGCGAGCUGAGCUGCUUCAGCGCCAGGAGUUCAUCGCGAGACCCGUUGAGGACUUGAGAAUAUCUCAAGACUCCACUGAUGCAAUGAUUGAGACUCUGAAGAGGGAGAAGGACGACUUGCAGAAUACGAUUGUUCAUUUCAUCACCAAUGCAAAACGACUGAUUGAAGAUGGAGGAAACUCUGAAGAGUUCAGCAUAAAUGAUUACGUUACGGAAUUGACUGCAAUCAUAUCGACAAUUCGAUCGUUGCAGCAGAGGAUAAUUGAUUUGAAUUCAACUUCAGUACUUCAAUCUCAAGAGAAUAAAGAAGAAGUGUCCGAGGAGAUGAGGGUUGAGUAUUCUUUAGGAUUGUCAGCACCUCCACUUAAUGAUGAGGAGAUUAAGCUCGACGAUGAAGAGGAGUGGGGCUGGAACGCCCAGGAUGCGGAGUUGGGCUCUGGAUUAGCACUGGCUCCGAUCUGCACUGGAGAAACUCAACUCAAGGCUAGGAUAGCUGAAUUGGGAGACACAAUUAAAGACUUGGAGGACGAAAAACUCAAGUUGACUGAGGAAAUUAAAGUGGGACAGAUUCGAAGUGGGAAGUUGGUGAAAAAACUAAAGCAAUUCAAGGCCCAGAAUGAAAAUCUUCAGAAACAGUUGAAGCUGCAGAAAUCCUCGGGUAGCUUGUGCGACCUCGACUCGGCGAUUGAAGACGAACUCAAGUCCCAGAUCUCCCAAUUAGAAAAGAACUUGAGUGAAGUUAAAUCAGAUCACAACAAAAUCAUUCAAGAACGAGACAAUCUGUUGAAACGAAUUGACGUUCUGAUUGCUGCCAAUGAAAGGUUCACAGAGAUGAAGGAACGUCAGGAUCGUGAAGUCGAAGUUCUUCAAAUCCGGAAUAAGGAGUUGGCGAGUAAGAUCGGAGGAGUUGAGAGAGAUAUUGGGGAGGUAUCUACAUCUCUUGAAACGUGUGAAACUGAAAAAUCAACGAUCGAAAAGGUCUCGAAAGAGCAAUACGACGAGCUCCAGGAAUCCUUGGAGAUGUUGGCAACUGAGAAUGAACAGCUGAGGACAUUAAUCGAAGCUGAGAAGAGUGAGAGGCUUGCAAUUGAGAUUUCCUUGAGCGAAAGGAUGAGAGAGAUUGAAAAGUCUAAGAAUCAGACUGACGAGAUGAAGAUCGGGUUCGAUGAAACCCUGAAGAAAUGUCAGAAUUUGGAGACGGAAUGCAGGACUAAUUUGGAGAUUGCCAAUCAAAGGAGGAUUGAGGUGGAGAAUAAUCAUGAGAUUGUGCUUGGCCAGGCGUUGCAGCGUUCACAAGAGCUGGAGAGUGAAAUAGCUGAACGAAACGAAAGAAUCAGACUGUUAGAAGAGAGUCUGAAUGCCUCUGAGCAUCAGCUCAACGACGCGCAAGAGACUCUGUCCAAUGUUACCGAACUAUUGAACGUCAGGGUUCAAGAAGUUGCGGAAUUGCGACAACAGAUCCAGCAAUUACAAGGUGCAAAGAUUGAAGCAGCAACUUGUCGUGUUAACGUAGAUAAUUUAAACAAGAAAUUGAUGGAAACGGAGGAAGACAUGUCGCGAAAACUGACUGAACAGGAAGAGGAUUUAUCUCGCAAGUUGACACAGAGAGAAGAAGACUUGACGCGUAAAUUAACUGAACGAGAAGAAGACUUGACCCGUCAAUUGACCGAAGCUGAAGAAGAUUUGUCGAGACAAUUAUCUCAUAAAGAAGCAGAAAUGAAGGAAUUGUCAGCGAAACUGCAGGCGACAUUGCAGGAGAAAACUGAAGAAAUUGAUUCUCUAUCUUCUAAAAUUCAAGAACUCUCGUCAGACCGUGACACAUUGCGUUCUACUAUUGAAAAUCAGAAUCAAGAACUCCAGUUGUUGAAAGAAUCAUUGGAUAAGAAUGAAUGGCUGGUGGAAGCCCUCAAAACUGAAUCUAACGUAAAAAAGGAGACAGUUUCCACUCUAGAAAACGAUUUGUCUUCUUCUAGAGAAGAAAUAAUACGUCUGACAACAUCAAUCACCACUUUGACAUCAGAAAUAGAUCAAAGGCAUCAGGAGCUCUCUUCAAAAGAAAACGAAAUCGAGUCCCUGAAGGGAAUUGUGACUAAUCUGCAAGCAAAAUUAGAAGAGCGAAAUUGUGAAAUCUGUCCUAAAUGUAAAGAAAACGAGGGGAUUCUCUCGGAAAUAGAACUUUUGAAGGAGCAAUUGAGGCUUAAAGAAGCGGAAGUUGAGGAUUUAAAGUACAUCUUGAACGAGAGUACGUAUCCGCGGAUUUUCCAAGAGCUUCAGGACAAAGUGAACUCUUUAUACAAUGAAAAAACUCAGUUGGAAACAUCUCUGAGUUCCGCUCUUCACCAACUUCACGCCCAGGGAGUUCCUACAGCACAGGAGGCUAUUGUGGAAGACGAAGCUUCAGUGAGAGUUAUAGAUCUUCAGAAGACAUUAGAUGUGAAGGAGGCGGAGGUGGAGUCAUUAAAGAAGAAGUUAGAGAGUAAGACCACUGAGUGUUCGUUGUUGGAGAACGCAUUAGCCAAAGAAAUAUCGAGUUCGUCUUCCAGUGGGGAGGAAUCUCAGGGGAUGAGGGAACAAUCCCUUACCUCGAGUGAACUAGAUGUGGCGCUCUAUAUGCUUCAUCAGAGGGAUGUGAGGUGCGAGGAGUUGACUCAUGAGUUGAUGCAGUUGUUGGAGGAGAGGGAUACCCUGCAGUUGAGGCUUUCUAACGCCAUUAGAUUGAACGAGGAGAUGAGGAGGGGAGGUGCUGGGGAGGUGACGACGUUGAGUGAACAGCCUGUGAAUGUUGAUGCAGAGAAAAUUCAGGAAAAGAGUGAUCCCUCGCGGGAGAAAACUGAACUUGCUCAAAAGUUGUCCCAGCUGCACACAGUGGGUCACAGACGAGAUAUUCGAUUGAUGGAUGAUCGAGAAUUGAGGAACACCCAGCAAAUGUCACUGCUGGCGCACAAAGACGCCCUUAGUACCCUCCCUCCGGAUGCCGCUGCCAGACUCAUCAAUGCCAAUUACACCCUUUCACGAGACGUCCAGAGUCAAUCAAGCGUAUUACUAAAUUGGUUGUGGGGUAAAAGUACACCAAAAAGAUUAUCGGACGAAUUGAACACAGCUAAUGACACAAUAUCCAGUCUUCACGAUCGUGUGAAAGUUCUACAAUUGGAAACAGAAAGACUGUCAGCUGAAAUCGAUGAAAAAUCUAAAUCAAUCGAGAGUGAAAAGCUGAUGAGAGAUUCUAUAACUGCAGAGUUCGAAUCUUACAAACAGAUCACUGAAUCGGAUUUGAAUUCUUCUAACGAGAAAAUUAUGCUUUUGAAUGAACAAAUUAUGGAGAAAAAGGAAGAAUUCAAAAACUUGGAAGAAACCAAUACGUUAAAUCAACGGAUGACAUCGGAGACUAUUGAACUAUUGAAAACACAAUUGAGUCAAUUAGAAGAGACGUUGAACUCCAUGAAAGAUCAAAUUGAAUUUUUAGCUGCAGAAGUCGAGAAUAAAUCUUCAGAAAUAUCUUCCAAAGAUCAACAAAUUGGAGUAUUAACCCUCGAAAUUGACGAUAAAAACAAUCAGAUCUCAUCCCUGACCAUCGACAUUGACCAGAAGAUCCAAGAGAUCGAUUCCUUAACAUCAGAAAUUGAAUCUGAAAAAUUAUCUAAAGACUCAAUCACCUCCGAACUCGAAGCUCUCAAGACCCUGAAGACAACCCUGGAGCAAGAACUAGAAGAAGCCAAAGAGAAAGCUCGUGAACUAGGAGUUAGAAUGCAAGUGAUGGAGACUGAAUACGUCGACCAAUUGAACACUAUCCAAACCCUGAGAACAGAAAAUGGAAUGUUGUCUUCCAAGCACGCACAAACGCACGAGCGCCUGGAGAACACAGAGGCAGAAUCCACCGAACGACUGCGAGUCAUUGAAUCCUUGAAAAAUGAGAUAAUCGAGCUGAAAAAUGCCCAGCCAUCCUCUCACCCCCCGGACUCCUGCGACCACUGCGAGAGAUGCCAGGGACUGGUGAAUGCAUUGGAAGGAAAACUACAAGAGCGAAAUGCUGAGAUUCAGAACCUAGACAACGAAUUGGCGAAUUCCAUCGCAAAUUUCUUACAAAUGCGAGAGAAUCUGAGGACUCAAGAAAUGCAGUGUAACGAAGAGUCUCAGGAAGCUAGAAAAUCAUUGGCUCAAUUCAAUAACUUAUUAGCGAGAAAUUCAGAUAAUGAAUUGAGAAUUCAGCAAUUGCACGAGCAGAUAAUUAAUUUGAACGAUAGAAAUUGUGCUCUCGAUGAAGAACUGAUAAAAACUCGAGAAAUUGCAGCUUUGGCCCAACACUUCGAGCAACUCCACCUGAAUUUAUCCCAGAUUCAUCAAGAAAAGGAGAAAGAACUCGAAGAAUUGAAUGCAAAAUUCCAAGAAUUGCAGAUUGAGAAGGAUGAUUUAUCCGAGAAACUCGACAAUUUGAAGUUGGAGAGGACAACAGUUGAGAAGCUGGAGAAUAUAGUUCCUGAGAGGAUUGAGCAAGUCCCUCCAGCCCCUAAAUUAUUCGACGCUGCCAAACUCUUCACUGCCCCAGCUCCUUGGGACGUAGACAGCUCCAUUGAAGACACUUCAUCCCUCAAAAAAAGACUUGAAGACAUCGAGAUCGAGAAAAGUCAAUUGUCCUCUCAACUUAAUCAAUUGACCACCGAAAUCUCUUCAUAUCAGCUAGAAAUUAGACAACUCAGAGAGAAGAAUGAAGAAUUAGCGCAGUUAUCUUCCGAAGCAGAAGGAAUAAAAUCGAUUGUGAGAGAUUUCGAGCAACAGGUUCAACUUCUGAGUGAGGAGAACAAUCAGCUGCGAGCUGAGCUGCUUCAGCGCCAGGAGUUCAUCGCGAGACCCGUUGAGGACUUGAGAAUAUCUCAAGACUCCACUGAUGCAAUGAUUGAGACUCUGAAGAGGGAGAAGGACGACUUGCAGAAUACGAUUGUUCAUUUCAUCACCAAUGCAAAACGACUGAUUGAAGAUGGAGGAAACUCUGAAGAGUUCAGCAUAAAUGAUUACGUUACGGAAUUGACUGCAAUCAUAUCGACAAUUCGAUCGUUGCAGCAGAGGAUAAUUGAUUUGAAUUCAACUUCAGUACUUCAAUCUCAAGAGAAUAAAGAAGAAGUGUCCGAGGAGAUGAGGGUUGAGUAUUCUUUAGGAUUGUCAGCACCUCCACUUAAUGAUGAGGAGAUUAAGCUCGACGAUGAAGAGGAGUGGGGCUGGAACGCCCAGGAUGCGGAGUUGGGCUCUGGAUUAGCACUGGCUCCGAUCUGCACUGGAGAAACUCAACUCAAGGCUAGGAUAGCUGAAUUGGGAGACACAAUUAAAGACUUGGAGGACGAAAAACUCAAGUUGACUGAGGAAAUUAAAGUGGGACAGAUUCGAAGUGGGAAGUUGGUGAAAAAACUAAAGCAAUUCAAGGCCCAGAAUGAAAAUCUUCAGAAACAGUUGAAGCUGCAGAAAUCCUCGGGUAGCUUGUGCGACCUCGACUCGGCGAUUGAAGACGAACUCAAGUCCCAGAUCUCCCAAUUAGAAAAGAACUUGAGUGAAGUUAAAUCAGAUCACAACAAAAUCAUUCAAGAACGAGACAAUCUGUUGAAACGAAUUGACGUUCUGAUUGCUGCCAAUGAAAGGUUCACAGAGAUGAAGGAACGUCAGGAUCGUGAAGUCGAAGUUCUUCAAAUCCGGAAUAAGGAGUUGGCGAGUAAGAUCGGAGGAGUUGAGAGAGAUAUUGGGGAGGUAUCUACAUCUCUUGAAACGUGUGAAACUGAAAAAUCAACGAUCGAAAAGGUCUCGAAAGAGCAAUACGACGAGCUCCAGGAAUCCUUGGAGAUGUUGGCAACUGAGAAUGAACAGCUGAGGACAUUAAUCGAAGCUGAGAAGAGUGAGAGGCUUGCAAUUGAGAUUUCCUUGAGCGAAAGGAUGAGAGAGAUUGAAAAGUCUAAGAAUCAGACUGACGAGAUGAAGAUCGGGUUCGAUGAAACCCUGAAGAAAUGUCAGAAUUUGGAGACGGAAUGCAGGACUAAUUUGGAGAUUGCCAAUCAAAGGAGGAUUGAGGUGGAGAAUAAUCAUGAGAUUGUGCUUGGCCAGGCGUUGCAGCGUUCACAAGAGCUGGAGAGUGAAAUAGCUGAACGAAACGAAAGAAUCAGACUGUUAGAAGAGAGUCUGAAUGCCUCUGAGCAUCAGCUCAACGACGCGCAAGAGACUCUGUCCAAUGUUACCGAACUAUUGAACGUCAGGGUUCAAGAAGUUGCGGAAUUGCGACAACAGAUCCAGCAAUUACAAGGUGCAAAGAUUGAAGCAGCAACUUGUCGUGUUAACGUAGAUAAUUUAAACAAGAAAUUGAUGGAAACGGAGGAAGACAUGUCGCGAAAACUGACUGAACAGGAAGAGGAUUUAUCUCGCAAGUUGACACAGAGAGAAGAAGACUUGACGCGUAAAUUAACUGAACGAGAAGAAGACUUGACCCGUCAAUUGACCGAAGCUGAAGAAGAUUUGUCGAGACAAUUAUCUCAUAAAGAAGCAGAAAUGAAGGAAUUGUCAGCGAAACUGCAGGCGACAUUGCAGGAGAAAACUGAAGAAAUUGAUUCUCUAUCUUCUAAAAUUCAAGAACUCUCGUCAGACCGUGACACAUUGCGUUCUACUAUUGAAAAUCAGAAUCAAGAACUCCAGUUGUUGAAAGAAUCAUUGGAUAAGAAUGAAUGGCUGGUGGAAGCCCUCAAAACUGAAUCUAACGUAAAAAAGGAGACAGUUUCCACUCUAGAAAACGAUUUGUCUUCUUCUAGAGAAGAAAUAAUACGUCUGACAACAUCAAUCACCACUUUGACAUCAGAAAUAGAUCAAAGGCAUCAGGAGCUCUCUUCAAAAGAAAACGAAAUCGAGUCCCUGAAGGGAAUUGUGACUAAUCUGCAAGCAAAAUUAGAAGAGCGAAAUUGUGAAAUCUGUCCUAAAUGUAAAGAAAACGAGGGGAUUCUCUCGGAAAUAGAACUUUUGAAGGAGCAAUUGAGGCUUAAAGAAGCGGAAGUUGAGGAUUUAAAGUACAUCUUGAACGAGAGUACGUAUCCGCGGAUUUUCCAAGAGCUUCAGGACAAAGUGAACUCUUUAUACAAUGAAAAAACUCAGUUGGAAACAUCUCUGAGUUCCGCUCUUCACCAACUUCACGCCCAGGGAGUUCCUACAGCACAGGAGGCUAUUGUGGAAGACGAAGCUUCAGUGAGAGUUAUAGAUCUUCAGAAGACAUUAGAUGUGAAGGAGGCGGAGGUGGAGUCAUUAAAGAAGAAGUUAGAGAGUAAGACCACUGAGUGUUCGUUGUUGGAGAACGCAUUAGCCAAAGAAAUAUCGAGUUCGUCUUCCAGUGGGGAGGAAUCUCAGGGGAUGAGGGAACAAUCCCUUACCUCGAGUGAACUAGAUGUGGCGCUCUAUAUGCUUCAUCAGAGGGAUGUGAGGUGCGAGGAGUUGACUCAUGAGUUGAUGCAGUUGUUGGAGGAGAGGGAUACCCUGCAGUUGAGGCUUUCUAACGCCAUUAGAUUGAACGAGGAGAUGAGGAGGGGAGGUGCUGGGGAGGUGACGACGUUGAGUGAACAGCCUGUGAAUGUUGAUGCAGAGAAAAUUCAGGAAAAGAGUGAUCCCUCGCGGGAGAAAACUGAACUUGCUCAAAAGUUGUCCCAGCUGCACACAGUGGGUCACAGACGAGAUAUUCGAUUGAUGGAUGAUCGAGAAUUGAGGAACACCCAGCAAAUGUCACUGCUGGCGCACAAAGACGCCCUUAGUACCCUCCCUCCGGAUGCCGCUGCCAGACUCAUCAAUGCCAAUUACACCCUUUCACGAGACGUCCAGAGUCAAUCAAGCGUAUUACUAAAUUGGUUGUGGGGUAAAAGUACACCAAAAGUAGUCCACAUGUGACCAAAGCCAAAAUCGAUAACUGGAUAACUUCCACAAGUUCCAUAAAACAUUCCCUACAAUUAAUUGAAGCGAUUGACUGCCAAUUGAUUGUUUCUUGCCUGGGACGGGAAUAAUGGUAUUCACCAUUCAUCAAUUCAAUUUAACGAUGUAAAUUGAAUUAUCUAAAACACUGGAUCGUCAUUCAAAGGAAGUGGGAAGAGGAAACAUUUAUAUUUGUACAUUGAAUUCGUUGGAGCUUUUAAAUGCGUGUAAUUAUAUCAGUGACGAUUAAUUUAUGAAAUACAAUGAGUUAAAGCUGGUGCCUUUAUCGUGUGAAAGAAAAAUAUAUUUAUGAGAUGAGAAUGCAGAAGUGGGGAGUGAGAAGAACAGCAAUGUAAUAGAUUGUAUUAUAAUUAUAAUAUAUAGUGUCAUUGUAUAAAAAAACAUUGAAAGUGUAUUUACUAACAACGGAAGGAGAAAAUGUACAUUCAAAUUAAAUUUUCAUCGAGUGGAAUAACUGUCAA